GGGUCUUUUGUGUUGAUCAAAGUAACAGCGCUGAAACCUACCAAAGGUAAGAAAGGCAUUUUAGUGCAUGAUGUAUACAUAUUACAAUGGGUUAAUGACAAUAUUGAUUGACACAGCAGAAAGGAUGCAUGAAUUUUUGGCCCACCUAAAAGAGUUAAAUGACAGCGCCCAGCUGCCCUCUGGCGGGCGAUUUGAGCUGCUUUAUAAUUUAGCUAAUUAUAUAGCUGUUAGCUAAUUCGAUAUUGUGUAUUAUCCUUUAAUUUUUGCGAACUGUCCAAUUAAGGAUUAAUUUGGAUAGUUUCUUAUUAGAGUUAAGUCACUCAUUCCACGUUAAGUAGGUAAAAUGUGCCAAGGAUUUUCGAAAAAUCGAAGGUCAACAAAUCAGACAAGUAGUUAGUUUAACCGAAAGAUAUAUUAUUGAAGGGUGAGAAACCAAAAUUUAGUCAACAUAUCUUUUAUCUAUAAAAAGUUAUAGCCUGUUAUUUAAUAGCAUAUAGUGUGAUAUUUUGUAUGGCUUGAAACAGCACAGUGUUGCAUCAUAUCUAUGUUUUUUUCAAUUUAGCGUACUCUAAAAUGUUUAAAAUGAAAUCCGUGGCAGGCUAAGGUCUGCGUUUUACAUUUGAGUCAAGUCAGUGGCUCAAGGAAUGAAAAAGUCAAGUUGUUCUGCCAUGGUGUACUUUGAUCUGACGUAACAAAAUAUUGAGAAUUUAAAAUUGCUGCGUUUUUUUUAAUGUUUUUUCUUUAAAAUAGCCGUCAGACUAAACAUUGUUUCGCUAAAUGUGUAGGAAAGAAAGUGUUGUUUACCUGUAUUAUAGUUUGGAAACAUGUGAUCCAGUAGAAAACGAGUGAUUAUCAAAUAAGUUUCGGUAAUGGAUGUUACAGAAGGAAGGUAAUAUUUCAUUUUUCUUCCAACUACUCACUUUUGGGAUUACAGACUGUCUUAAAUAACAAUGCAUAUGACUUAUUCUAUUGAAUUGAAUUAAUGCUUAACAAAUUUGGAGGAAAUUUUGGAAUUUUUGGGUGGAACGAGGCUAAAAAGAAGAAAAUGAGCAAAAUAGAUUGAAUUGAAGGAAAAAAAAUUAAUAGAUACAUGGUAAUCUGUUAGAAUUUAUACAAGAAUUGUAGUACAUGAAUAUUGUAAAGUCUAUUCACAGAAAAGAGGGUGAACUAGCAGAAACAGCUUCAGAUAAUCCACUUCCUGUUUUGUGUAACCUCCGUUACUUUAAAAAAAAAAAAAAAAUUAAAAUGAUCAAGAAGCCUGUCCCAUUUUCAUCUUGUAUUCUCAAAUUGCCUAGAAAUACUUCAAAGGAAAAUAAACUUCUUUAAACUAUGCAAAAAUUCUCUGCGAACCAUAAACUCAGCUAAAAUUCCCUUAUCACACUUGACAGAGAGGUAUCUCACCAAUGGAACACGUAUGAGGGUUACUUAUUACGAAAUCUUCACCAGAUGUUAUCCAGGCUUGAGUUAUUUGAUGGGGCGAUCGUGUGACAGCAUUUGCUGAAAUUUACCUGACCUUUAUCCCAUGUUUUAAGAGGCCAGACAAAUUCCUGGUAAUGGAAGUUACAGUAACGGAAGUUAAAAUUCUACCUUUUCUGUUACAUCUUGAAGUGAAAUUAAUAACUAGGAAAAUCAAACAUACUCCAUAAUAAUCCUCAGUAGCUCCUCCGUCACCACAAAAAUCAGCACGAUCCUCUUUUCAUUUUUUCCUAGUGUAAUCUUAGUAACGGAAGUUACAACCUUAACUGUUCACGCUAAAUCUUGCUAUUGUGAGAUGCAAUUUCUUUCCACAGGCUUUUGCUCUUCAUUUUAUGUAUUGCGUAUCGAAAAGAGCAAACUUAAGUAAUAUUUACCUGAUAUAAAUCAUUCGCAAUAUUUAUUUCUAGGCCAUUUGAGAUCUGCCCUCAGAUCAGUAACGGAAGUUUCAUAAAAAUAGCGGACACCAGUUCACCGUAGUUAAAAGCAACAAAACUGACCUGCAGUGAGAAAUGANAUUUUAUGUAUUGCGUAUCGAAAAGAGCAAACUUAAGUAAUAUUUACCUGAUAUAAAUCAUUCGCAAUAUUUAUUUCUAGGCCAUUUGAGAUCUGCCCUCAGAUCAGUAACGGAAGUUUCAUAAAAAUAGCGGACACCAGUUCACCGUAGUUAAAAGCAACAAAACUGACCUGCAGUGAGAAAUGAUCAAUGAGGACUUAAGUUUAGGCCCCUCCCGAGACAUUGGAUUGAUUAGUUUCCACAGUAUGAGGCGAAAAGCACAAAUAUACCGUAACCUUCUAUACCCACCCUCUCUGCGGACAUAACAAAAUUGCAUUUUUUGGACACUUUUGGCCUUGAUUCUCUCAAAGUUACUGUCUACAGGAACACAAAUGGGUACUGUUGCUAUUUAUUUGGGCAUAUUUUAAGUAUUUUUCAGCGAAAUGAUUAUGGGAAAACAUUUUGAGUCCCCAAAACUUGCCAUGGACACCAAGAAAUGGUAAUUUACCGAGUACUGAUAGUGCUGAAUGGGGUUAAGCACUAAAAUAGUGAUUAAGGUUCGAUAUGAUUAGCUUCUUUUUAGGGUUUACUGCACUUUUCACAAACAUGCGAACUCUAAAGUUCAAAAGCCGCAUUCACAACUGCUUUUUUCGCUGCCGUCAAUCAUAAUUACGAUCACAAGCAACAAACCUUGAAACACAGAAACACGCAAAACGGAUCGAAAUCCACCAAUCACAAAUCACAAACCUUCAGCUUUUGAACCCGUUUAAGUAAGUUUUGUUUCCUAAGAGGUCCGUUAAGAUGAUUGACGGCAGCGAAAAACGCAAUCAUCAGUUGGCUUUUGAACUUCAGAAUUCGCAUGUUUGUGAAAAGCGCAGUAAUAGGGUUUUUUUCUAUAUUUAAAUCAGUCUUGAGUUAAAAAACUGGGCUAUUAUAUUUGGACAUCAGUUGAUGUGAAAAAUUUUAGAGCUUUUGAAAAAGAUUAAUAGCAUGACAGUCUCUUGAAUGGAGACUUAAAAAAUGGUAAAUGAAGCAUGACCCAGUCUGCAGAGUGGCAAGUGCAUGCACUAGCCUUUUCUCGUAAUUCUUUUUGUACACACCAAAUUUGUAGCAAUGCACACGGCAGCACCAUGCGUAACAAGAGAUUUGCACCUGACCUACUGACCUGUAGGGGAGUAGCCAUGAUCUUUUUGCCAAUCCACCCUAACUUGUAAGUUUAACUCAUUGGAUGGACAGGCAGUUAGGUCCCAACCUUACAGUUGAAGUUUCAUUUGUUUCAUUCCAAAUUAAGUAUCAGGAAGUUGCAUAAAUGUUCUAUUGUUGUCGUAAAAGCUUAAAAUACAUGUACCUUAAAUUUGUUUAAGGUAUCAGAAGUGCCAUAAAGUCAAAAACUGAUCAUGCUUAUAAAAUGGCUUACUUGAAAUGUACUCUUUAACCUGAACUCAAAUUCCAAAAAUGAAGCAUUUUCAUUGAAUAGAAGCCAAGAAAACAAAGGCCAAAGUUGGUAUCUGAGAGCACUAUUUUGGAAUUAUAUUGCAAUUUUCACAACCUGACACGUGAUAAAGCAUUAUGAGUUUUAAGUAAGUCAGGGCAAACUUACAGCAAAAUUCGCUUACAUUCUGCUUUACCAAAUAAAGUAUGAUUAUUUUGAUAUUUCUAAAUCAUUUCUAUGGCUGUAAAAAGCCUUCUCGAGAAACCUUAGAUAUAUGAUCCUUGCAAUGUCGAUGACAGAUAAGGCUGUAGUUAAGUGACCUAUUAUGCAAAUUAGCACGUUGCUAAGGCUAAAACAUUGUUUAUGAAGCCGUAUUAAGAGUACGUCACAUAACGAAUUCAAACAAAGAUUUACCCUUUUUCUCGCCACUUUCCGUGCUACAAUUGGGUCAGUGUCACAACAAAUAUUAAGAACAGCGGUUUUCUCGUAAGAAUUCAAGAUGACGACUAAGAAAACAGCGCAGCGCAACGAAAAUUAUGGGCUAAUGAAGGGCAAUUCUGCAGCUGCGUUGGACCGCACUCAAAACAAAUUGAUGUAAAAAGAUGAUGAUUAAUAAUACCGUGCUAAAACUUGCCAGGUUUAUUCACACGAUGUCAAGGAAAGAUGUAUUAAAUUCCUGGCUAUUCCUGGAAUAUUUUGGAAUUUUUUUGGCUGCGUGAAGUCACAGGGCAUUACAAAAAAAUUUCCACCUCUAUGUCUCAGGAAAAAUUUACUGGCUACUGCCGAGAAUUUAAAGGUAAAUGAAUAAUCUAAUUAUAAGUCAGUUCCAAUUUUUUUUUAUUCCUAGCUAUCAAGAGAAAGCCAGAAAUAUGGAAUUAUUGAAUUUUUGAGCCAGCAAUAUAAAUCAGAAAUCACACCUUAGCUGUGAAAACUGACACCUCAAAUAUCAAUUUUCUGAAAGCUCAGCUCUCGCUUGAUAGACCUCUGUAAUUUUUAAUUUGCCAAAUUCUUUGCUAGAAUUUUGAGAAAUAAAAUUUUCAAAUGGAAUGGUUCUUAGCAGAUCUAAUACCUUAAGUUUCAGUUUGUGAAAUUGCAAAAAUUAAGUGGGUUAUUCCAAAAUUUGCAAAAAAUUGCUCGAUUAUAAUAUUCUGAUGGAAAAAAUUACCUCUGUAAAAUCGCUUGGAAUAUUAAUUUUAUUGAUGUAAAUCUACGGUGGCAAAUGCACAUCAAUAAAUUAUCUAAAAAGGUUGUGUCCCGGAUAGGAGCAAUUAAAAGAAUGAGAGAUUUUGUUCCAACGCCUACUCUCCAUUAUAUAUACAACACUCUCAUUCAAUGUCAAUUCAAUGAUAUUGAUUGUAAUAUUUUCUGGGUAAACUUUCUUUGACAGGCUACAGAAGCUUCAGAACCGUGCUGCUCAGGUUCUAACCUUUUCUACAUAUGAUGCUGAUGCCAACCGCUUAUUUGGACAACUUAAUUGGAAAGACUUGAGCACUCAGUUUCAAAUACAAAAAGCCCUAAUGGUUUACAAGUCUUUAAAUGAUCUUGUUCCAGGAUAUUUAUCCUCUAAAUUUGUUAAACGAUAUGAAACGCGCUACUCUCUAAGGGACUCUGUUAACAAACCAAUAUUUAUUGUCCCAUUCCCGCAAACUAACUUCAUGAAGAACAGCUUCAGUUACAGUGGAGCAGUUCUCUGGAACAGCCUGCCCACUGUGACAUGAGAGAAGCUAAAUCUUUAAGUCAAUUUAAACGAUUGGCACAUCUGAAUUUCUGAAGAAUAAAGAAUUUUUCUUUCUUUCUUUUCUUUCUAAAUCACAGGGGCUCAUUUUAUGGAGGAGGGGGGUGGGACAAAAUUCACCCCUCCCCCACCUACUUUUUGCAUAUACAUGUACCCAGCAUCUUGAAAAGUUGCCCCUGUUAUAUAGUAUUUGUUAUUCAGCUGAAUUUUUAAGGAUUCGGAAGAUUUAAAAGGUAGCAGAAUAGCAACUUAUCAGCUUUUUUUAAGUCUGAGCAUUCUUUUAGCUGGGGUGGGGGGCUAGGGUACUCAGGGAGUGGCUAGCUGGGUAUUUGGAACCAGAAGCAGAAGGUUGAGUCAUUUCACUAAUAAUAUUUUUUGCCUCAAGUUUUUAAAAUGACAUUGAAAGUUUUACUUAUAAUAUUUCCGUUUCUGGUGAAGUGUCUUGCAAAAUCACUCACUAGAGAAAGAGAAAAUAAAAUUGCAUAAAAGCUACAUGUACAUUAGCCUGAAAUUCAUCUGAUUGCUUCGAGUCGUUUUUUCCUCUCAACAACUGAGGGAGUAAUAACAACUCGAAGUAAUCGGAAGAAAUUCAGGGUACAUGUACAUCACUAUACCGGUAAUUUCUUAGACCAAUUCUCUUGACCUAUGAAAUGUAUGAAAUCAUUAACUUAUUAUAAAAAUAAUGAAUAAUAGAUUCUGUAUUGUCAUCAUUGUCAUCUGCAGUACGUAAGUUUUCUUUGCUCCUUUUUUUUUCACUGUAAGUCUCACCUCAGUAACCUUACUAAGUUUAAUGGCUUUCAUUAAAAACUAUUGGUAGCAUUUCCCAUUCAACUGCAAGCACUUAACGUCGCACCAAACUCCAAUUACAUUACUACAAAGCAAAUAAGGAAACCAGGGUGCACAGAAAAUCAUUUCUACAGCUUGCCAUUGGGGCAAACUGAAGCUAGUAUUUACUAGCCCAGACGUCAUUUCAACUAGCCCCAAAAGCUUUGACUAGCAGAAUUGAUUUCACAGUUCUUCUGUUAUUCGAAUUCCUCAAAAAACAUCACUUGUCCAUCGGGCAAGUUAAAAACAGAAUUCACCAGCGCCGGGCUAUGGGACACUACUUUCUUUGCUCGCUGGAAACUAGCUUCUCCAAAUUAAUAAUUAACUCUUUGCAAAUUAGUGAGUUUAUCUUGAAUGUUUGUUUUCCAUUUGGUGGUGAAGCUGAUUAUCAUAUAUGAUGUACAAUUAUUGAUUGGUUACUUGUGCUAAAUAGGGUGUAUGGCAGCCUCCAUGAAAUUAAGCUCUGUAUAGAUAUUGUUACAUAAGGUUUUUUGCCUAAACUCUGGAAUAUUUUUUUUACCAAAAGUUGAAAUUUUUAAGUACAGUUUUUGCUGUUUAAGUUUUAGACAUGUUGAGACAACCUUGAGUACCUCGAGUAGCCUCCUCUAUGUGACAGUUUCUAUUUCGCUCUUAUUUUAUUGGUUAUUGUUUCAGUAACUCUUCAUAGUGAAACCUUGCCCCGUAUCCUGCAAGCAAGCUUUCUGGGGAUUUGGGAGGGGAAAAACAGUGUUCGACACUAACGCUUGCCCACUUGCCCGGGGCAAGUAGAAUUAUGCGUUGGGCAAGUGUGUAAGCUGCACAGGUUGCCCGUUUGGGCAAGUGGUUAAGGAUAACACUCGAGCCGCUGGGACAAGAAUAAAAUCCAACAGCUGCAGCAAAAUCACCUGAUCCCUUUUUUGAAAUUUUAGUCAGGUGAACAUAGAAGGAGAAUGAAAAACAGGUACAGUGACGGGUCUUACGCCGAUACAUUGAGUAUUUCGUUUUCCGCCAUGUUUUUCUUCACGAGCAAGUAAUCAUGGGUUGGUUUGUACCCAGUCCUCUCACGUACUUGCCACGAACUACCAAACAAACAAAGAUGGCGGCCUGAUAAGCAACCAUGAGUUUAUUUCGUUUUGGUUUUACGCGGAAGUCACUGGACACAGUCACUAAAAGUGAGGACAUCCAAGCAACACAACAGUUAAAUUCUACAAAGCUUAAGGAACCAGGAGACAAGAGAAAAGCUGAAUCUCAACCAGAAGUCUUUGCUGGGAAAAGCAAACGAGAUCGAAAAUACCAAACGUCAUUGGAGCGCGACUUUCCUUGGCUUUUACACGAUGAAGAAAAGAACACCAUGAAGUGCAAAAUUUGCUGUUCUUUUCCCGAAAUUGCUGACAAAUCUAGCUCCCUGUUCAUUGGAAACGGUGCCUUUAAGCGUACUACCAUUCAGGCCCAUGCUAAAAGUAAAACUCACUUCAAGUGUUUUGAAGCAAACUCUGCUCGGGAAAACCUAGGUGCCGCACCUUAAGAACAGUGCUACGAAAUAUUAAUGCACAAGUCAACGAAAAACUGCAAAAGCUUUUCAACAGUGCCUAUUUUAUAGGCAAAUUUUUUAAUAGGCAAAUUUAUUAUUUCCUCAAAGAGUGAAGACAAACAAACCAGAGAGAACAAAGAUUCAAUUAUGACUGUAUUAUGCACUCUAUCAAUCAACGUCUUUAAGAAGCCCCCAACAAAAAGCCUAUCAUAUGUAUUGUAAACGUCAUUCAAGCAUGACUGUGUUGAUUACAAUGAAAUAAAGUUUAAAUUUUUUACGGUUAGCAGGCAAUGGUACCGUAUGACCUCUCGCCUGGGAUUUAUGCCAGGCAUUAAAGUUAGAAGGCACAACUAUUGAAAGUUCAAUGAAACUGCGAGCAAAGCGAGCUGGUGAUUUUUUUUUUGGCAACCAAAAAAUACACUCGGCAAGUAAAACUAGCGACAUAGUUGCCCACAGGGCAAGUUAGCAGGAAAAUUGAUACGUUUUCAUGUAUAAAUAAAGAUUGGUGAUGAUGAUGUUGCAGUUUAGCUGAAAAGUAGUUUUUGAUGGCAAAUUACUGACAUAUGAUGGCAAAACAUGAAAAAAACUAUAUUUUGUUUUAGUCGUUUUUAUUGUGUUUCAAGGUUCUGCUGGUGAUCAUGGCCAGGUUGCAUAAAGACUUCUUAAGAUAAGAGGGCUCUUAACUCAUGUUUUGAAACAAUAACCUAAAAGCCGCAAUCUUAAGAAGUUUUAUGCAACCCGACCCAUAACUACAAUUGGAAGCGGCAAAGAGCAAAAUUGUAAGCUGCAAUUUAAAUUUCAAAGUUUGUGUGUUAUUGAAAAGUAGAGUAAUCUAGCUGGAUUUAAUGCUUUAAGAAAGUUGAAGAAUAAAAUGUCUUUAUUUUAUAUUGAUAGGGUGCAAAGGAAGCUGCAGUUCAUGUCUUUAAAGUGUAAACAGUGUGCGAAAUGUUUUAGCCGAGCUGGACACCUAAGGAAUCAUGAAAGAGUUCACACUGGGGAAAAGCCCUAUGAAUGUAAACAGUGUCGCAAGUGUUUUAGCGAAGCAGGAUACCUAAGGAGCCAUGAAAUAGUUCACACUGGGGAAAAGCCUUUCGAAUGUAAACAGUGUGGCAAGUGUUUUAGUGUAGCAGGAAACUUAAGGAUUCAUGAAAGAGUUCACACUGGGGAAAAACCCUAUGAAUGUAAACAUUGUGGCAAGUGUUUUAGUACAGCAGGAAGCCUAAGGAUUCAUGGAAGAGUUCACACCGGGGAAAAGCCUUUCGACUGUAAACAGUGUGGCAAGUGUUUUAGUGUAGCAGGAAACUUAAGGAUUCAUGAAAGAGUUCACACUGGGGAAAAGCCUUAUGAAUGUAAACAUUGUGGAAAGUGUUUUAGUACAGCGGGAAGCCUAAGGAUUCAUGCAAGAGUUCACACUGGGGAAAAGCCUUAUGACUGUAAACAUUGUGGCAAGUGUUUUUGCCGAACAAGAGACCUAAAGAGACAUGAAAGAGUUCACACUGCGGAAAAGCCUUAUGACUGUAAACAGUGUGGCAAGUGUUUUAGCGAAGUAGGAAAUCUAAGGAGGCAUGAAAUAGUUCACACUGGGGAAAAGCCUUUCGAAUGUAAACAGUGUGGAAAGUGUUUUAGCCGAGCAGGAGACCUAAGGAUUCAUGAAAGAGUUCACACUGGGGAAAAGCCUUAUGACUGUAAACAUUGUGGUAAGUGUUUUAGUACAGCAGGAAGCCUAAGGAGGCAUGGAAGAGUUCACACUGCAGAAAAGCCUUUCGAAUGUAAACAGUGUGACAAGUGUUUUAGUGUAGCAGGAAACUUAAGGAGACAUAAAAGAGUUCACACUGGGGAAAAGCCUUAUGAAUGUAAACUGUGUGGCAAGUGUUUUAGUACAGCGGGAAGCCUAAGGAUUCAUGCAAGAGUUCACACUGGGGAAAAGCCUUAUGACUGUAAUCAUUGUGGCAAGUGUUUUAGCAAAGUAGGAACCCUAAAGAGGCAUGAAAGAGUUCACACUGGGGAAAAGCCUUACGAAUGUAAGCAGUGUGGCAAGUGUUUUAGCGAAGCAGGAAACUUAAGGCGCCAUGAAAUAGUUCACACAAGGGAAAAGCCUUAUGAAUGUAAACAGUGUGGCAAGUGUUUUAGCCGAGCAGGAAACCUAAACAGUCAUGUAAGAGUUCACACUGGGGAAGAGCCUUAUGAAUGUAAACAUUGUGGCAAGUGUUUUAGUACAGCAGGAAGCCUUAGGAUUCAUGGAAGAGUUCACACUGGGGAAAAGCCUUUCGAAUGUAAACAGUGUGGCAAGUGUUUUAGUGUAGCAGGAAACUUAAGGAUUCAUGAAAGAGUUCACACUGGGGAAAAGCCUUAUGAAUGUAAACAGUGCAGUAAAUGUUUUAGCGAGGCAGGAAGCUUAAAAAGUCAUCAAAGAGUUCACACUGGAGAAAAGCCUUAUAAAUGUAAAUACUGUGGCAAGUGUUUUAGUCAGCGAGGAAGUCUUAAGAAGCACAAAGACGUCCACAGUGGAAAAACGUCGCUUAAAUGUGACAGUAACAAACGUCCGGUUAAACGUUUGCAUUGUAAGCGUAAGAGAGCAGGAAGUAAUAGAAGGGCAGGAUUUACAAACACCACACUGUCACAGAGAGAGACUAGAAACAGUGGUAUGGAAGACCAGCAAUCAGGCAUCAUUCAGAAACACAGCUGCUGGAUUUGUCAAGAGGUGAUGAGUAGUGAAUCCCUUCUUCUUCAACAUUAUGAAAACCAUAUGAGUUAUGUAGCUGAAGAUGUUUCAGAAAGUUGA